CACUCCUCUUUCCUCCACCCAUCCUUGAAACGUCCCUCGUCGCCCUUGCUCUUCUAUCUUAUCUCUCUUCUUGCUUUGCCGAAUUCUUAUCAUGGCGUCCAUCGUCGACGAUGACUCCACCCUCGACCUCAUCCGCGAGCAUCUCCUCGGAGACCUACCCCUCUCCCCUCUUCCCCCGCCCUCCGCCCCCCACGGCAUCGCCGUCUCCGACUACCUCGACACCACCCAGCCCUUCUCCGGCAGCGGCCGCAUCGAUCCCUACGGAGGGCUGGAAGCUUACCGCUUCGCCGAGCCGGUCGACCCCAUGAUCCGGUUCGGCGGCGACUCGCAGCAGGCCUCCGACCUCUGCCUCCCGUCGCUCACCAUCUCCCUACCCCCGAUCCGGAAGUUCGAGAUCGAGUGGACGGAGGCGGCAGCAGCCGUAGGGCCGGCGGAGCACAACGACGGGCGGCGGUACCGGGGGGUGCGGCAGCGGCCGUGGGGGAAGUUCGCGGCGGAGAUCCGGGAUCCCAACCGGCGGGGAUCCAGGAUAUGGCUCGGGACUUUCGACACCGCCGUCGAGGCCGCGAAAGCCUACGACCGCGCCGCUUUCCAGAUGCGCGGCUGCAAGGCGAUCCUCAACUUCCCCAACGAGAUCGGCAGCUCCGGCCGCUGCAUCCCGCCCCCUCCAGCGCCGCUCGCGACGGCGGGGAAGAGGAAGAGGGCGCCGGCCGCGGCGGAGGAGGCGAAGGAAGGUGAGAUGAGGCCGAUCAAGAAGGAGAGGUCUCCGGAGAUGGAGGAGUCGGCGGAGGAGAAUAUUCCGUCGGUUUGCCCCUUGACGCCGUCGAUUUGGACGACCGUCUGGGAUGGCGCCGACGUGAUGGGCGUAUUUACCGUGCCGCCGCUCUCGCCGUUAUCCCCGCACCCGCAACUGGGGUUUCCGAAGCUCAUAGUCAGUUAAGAAACUGACGGUCACCGUCAGGCAAUGAGCUUCUAGAAGCUAAUCUCUGAGUUUAGAUAAACGAUAAAAAGGGAAGAAAGUAAAAAAAAAAAAAAGGUUGCUGUAUGAAGUUGAUAUGGAUAGCCGUAUUAGCUCAAAUUCUUUUGUUCUUUUUUAUGUGUCAAUAGCUGUAUUCGAGCUUGUAAUGUGUUUUGUUACUGGGGUUUUAUAUGUAAUGAGAUUCUUCAGAGCUUGGAGAAAUUUACUGUCUUUCUUUUGUUGUUUGAAAUCUA